CUUGCGAUAGAUUCAUUGGACAACAUAGUGGCUGAAGGAACGAUCAUUCAAGUGGAUGUUGACUCCAGCAAGCAAACUAUCCAUGGUGUUCCAUUGGCUGAGGAAAAUGUCCGAGUAUCGAUCACCAAAUCUAUUGUUGCUAAUGCUUUGCUACCAAUUCCUAUUAAUGAUGAGAUUCUGUUUGUCCGCGAUGCAAUUGGUACAUGCAUUGCUUGGCCUAGAGACUGGGUUAUACCCACUGCAACUGAUGCAAAGCGGGAAAAGAUUAAGGUUGUGAGGAGGAAAAAGAAGGAUAUAUAUGAUGAUUUUUUUGAUCAUGAUGAUUUGGACAAGCUGCCACCCAAUUUGCCUCCACCACUUAAGACGUUGGCCACAUGGGCUAAUGAUAACUUGAAGGAUGGGAUCACCAUCCACACAACCUUAGGCGAGGAAUUAUUUGGAUAUCUAAAAAAGGUCGCCAUCUUCAGAAGGGAUGUGUAUGCCAUGACCAACAUGAAGGAGGUUUCUGCCGGCUGCAUUGUGAUGUAUAUGAGCUUCCUUUAUCAAGUGUUGAAGAAAUCGAAGAUGCUUGACAUGAUUGGCUUCGUAGAUCCUGCUAAUACUGGUAUCAUUGGCUGUGGAAAUCCGACUGAAGGGGCUCGUUCUUUGUCAGUUUCUUAUGAAAGAGGGAAGCCUGGUCAGAUUUUUUUGGUCCCCUAUAAUUCAGGCGGUCAUUGGAUGUUGACGGUGGCAAACCCCACUGAAGAAGUUGUGUAUUUCAUGGAUCCGCUAAAGAGGCGACUCAUCACCGGUGAAUGGAGAACUAUUGUGGACAACUCCAUCAAAAUAUUCAAUGCCCAAAAACAUAGGAAAGGCCGAAAGACAGUUCAAUGGAAAAACUGUGCAGGCAUUCCGGAGCAGAUGGGUGAUAAGACUUGUGGUUAUUGGAUUAUGCAUUACAUGAGGGAUAUAGUGGAGGACAAAAACCAAGAGUAGAGUGCUAAGUGGGAAAGAAAAGCAAAUCACUAUUACACAAUGGAGAAUGUUGAUGCUGUCCGGGCAGAGUGGGCAAAGUAUGUUAUGAAGUUCAAAGAUAACUAGUGCAUGUGUAGGUUAACUAGUAGUUGAAGAUAUGUAGCACCAACUUUUGGACAUGCAAAGUUGAUAUAUAUAUAGGCCAGAUUUUGAUUGCAGUACUGCUAGCUAUUUUGCUAUGUUGUUUAGUUGGUUGCCCACAUUGUGUAGUGCUUUUGGUUUAUUAGCAAGCAGUACUGCAUGUAUAUAUUUUGCUGGCUGCCCAGAUUAGUAGAUAUGGGUCAUUUAGAACUGAUGCUGAUCGAUGAUUAGGUUUGUGUACAUGAGACGACAAUGGUGGA